UAUAUUUUCUCAUUUUUGAAUAAUAAUGUUUAAAUAAAAAUACAAACAUAAAAAAUGACAAAAAUUGUUGAAUUAUGUCCUAAUAAAAAUUUGAUAAAUUUAAAAUUUGAAAAAUACCAAUUUUGUAGCGAUGAAAUUUCGAUAGAUACUGAAAUAUGUUUAAAAACAGAUGUAUAUAGGUUAGAAUUAACAACAAAUCGAGAUUCCUUCUUAGAAACUCGAUUAUUCGCAUUUCAUAAUCAUUUAUUCAAAAAUCCAUAUGAUACAUCAUCCUGGUACAUAGAUGAAAAUGGAAUUGUAUGGCGAUUUAAAAAGGAUGGUAAUUUAGAACAAAUAUAUGAAAUUAAUAAUUUAAAUAAAAAUGUGCAAAAUCGUUUGUAUAAUCCAUCAAUUGGAUUUACUAAUAAUAAUAUUAUUGUAAUUUCUGAUGGUGGAGAUUGUUUGAAAUUAUUAAUAGCAAAUGCCCAAGAAAAUAUUAAAUCUUUCACAUUAAAUAAUGCGGAACCUGGAGUAAUAUUAGAUAUAAGAUAUAUAGAUACCACAAAUACUAUUAUGAUUGCCAUGUGUGAUAUUAGAAGUACAGGUGAAAAAAAAUUUUCAAGGCUCUUAUUAUUAACAUAUGCUUGGAAAAAUGCAGGAAAUAUAGAUCAAUUCUUUGAACUUAUAAACAAAGACACUUUAAAAAUAAAUGGUGCUAUUGAAUAUGUAUAUAUAGAAAACUCUGGUAAAUAUUUACAUUCCAUUUGUCAAGAUUAUAUAACAUUUGAUUCCCUAAAGAUAAAAAAAUCUACUGAUAAUGAAAAAGAUACAAAGAAAACUGAGAAAUUAAAAAUUCCAAGGUAUUAUUGGUCUCAAGAUGAAGAUUCAAUAACAGUUUGGCUUAAAAUAGACAAUCAAUAUCGAGAUAAAAUUAAAGUAAAUGUAACAUCAUUAGAACUAUCAGUAAUAGUAAAUAAUAAUAUAUUAAUAGAAGGACAAUGUCAAUACAGAUUAGAUGAAGAUUUAACGACAUGGAAAUAUGAACAAGAUACAUUUAAACUUGAAUUAUAUAAACAUGAAAAUGGUUUAAUGUGGAAUGAAUUAAUUAAAGGUGAUACUGGUGGAGAAUGUUUACCUAAUGAAACUUUGGCUACUGAAAUUCAUUCUAAGUUAGCACAUUUGUGUACAAAUCAAAUUGAUAAUAAACAAGGACAACCUUGUCUAGGAUUUAAUGCUGAACAACUUGAGGAAUGUGAUCUUGAAGGAAAAGAUAAUCUUUUAUUGAGAGUUGAUCUUAUUGAACAAACAAAUACUCAUUUAGCUAUGCUUGGAACAAGCAAUCAUGUAUUGUAUACAUAUAAAACAAAAAAUGGACAAGCAAUUUGUCUAAGACAUAAUAACGAUGGUUUCUUAUGGAUUACUGAUCAAGUAAAUGAUAAUAAGUGGAAUAUCAAACAUUAUUAUACUUUUCCUGGUUUUGGUUAUGUUGAAGCAAGUAAAAGUAAUAAAAAAUUUUGUGUUUCUCCUGCUGAUGGUUCAUAUGUAGCUAUUCUUGAGCACACAAGAUAUAUAUUUCUUUAUAAAAGGCCUGAAUUAAAUGUUCAAAUUGGAAAACAAUGGAUUAUAGAUUUAGAUAGUGAAACCUAUCCUAUUAUGGGAGCAGUUGCCACAAAUAAAUAUUUAAUUAUCCUUACUAAAAACAAAUUAUAUCGAUUAAAUAUUUGUUUUUAAGAUUAAUUACACUCAAUUAUCGUCGCAUACAAAUAUUUUGUAUGAAUAUAAUUGCAACUA